AAAAAAAACCUCAGGCUGUAGUGGAGGAGCGGAGAACAAGGGCGGAACUGUUUUCAUUUAUUCCGCUUUAAAAUACUAUAUAUUCAUUCGGCGGUCGGUUUUCACUAUAUAUUAUAUAUAUUUUUUAAUAAUUGUAAGUAUUGCGUCUCACGAAUGUGAAAGAAGAAGCGCAUUUCGAGGAGUUUUUGCAGUAAAAGGAUGUCAAUGAGGCCUCGCAACAGGGAAAUCUGCGCUGACUGCAGCGCCCCUGAGCCUCGAUGGGCCUCAAUCAAUAGAGGAGUCCUUAUUUGUGACGAGUGCUGCAGUAUACACCGAGGUCUGGGUCGUCACAGCUCGCAGGUCCGCCAUCUGACCCACACGCCGUGGCCUCCGUCGCAAUUACAGAUGGUCCAGACUUUAUAUAACAAUGGGGCGAAUUCAAUUUGGGAGCACAGUCUUCUCGACCCUUCCUCGAUUAUGAGCGGAAAACGCAAAGCCAAUCCACAGGACAGAGUGCAUCCCAACAAAACGGAGUUCAUAAAGGCCAAAUACCAGAUGUUGGCUUUUGUUCAUCGGAUGCCAUGUCGCGAGGACGACAGCGUGACUGCGAAGGAUCUGAGUAAACAACUCCACUCGAGCGUGCGCACCGGGAACCUGGAGACGUGUCUCAGGCUGUUGUCUUUGGGAGCGCAGGCCAACUUCUUCCAUCCAGAGAAAGGGAACACUCCGUUACACGUGGCGGCGAAAGCGGGUCAGCUUCUCCAAGCCGAGCUCCUGACCGUGUACGGCGCAGACCCCGGCGCUCCAGACAGCAGCGGAAACACACCGAUCGAUUAUGCAAGACAAGCAGGACAUCAGGAGCUGGCUGACAGGUUGGUGGAGAUCCAGUACGAACUGACGGACAGAUUAGCCUUCUAUCUGUGUGGAAGAAAACCAGAUCACAAAAAUGGACAGCAUUUUAUCAUUCCUCAGAUAGCAGACAGCACUCUGGAUUUGACUGAACUGGCUAAAGCUGCAAAAAAGAAACUCCAGUCACUCAGCAAUCAUCAGUUUGAAGAGCUGGCCAUGGACGUUUACGAUGAGGUCGACAGAAGAGAAACCGAUGCAGUGUGGCUCGCGACUCAGAACCAUAGCACUCUGGUGACUGAAACCACAGUGGUUCCCUUUCUCCCAGUCAACCCUGAGUACUCGUCCACCAGGAACCAGGGACGGCAGAAGCUGGCGAGGUUCAACGCUCACGAAUUUGCUACACUUGUGAUAGACAUUUUAGCUGACGCAAAACGCCGCCAGCAAGGGAAUUCCCCGGAUGUCAAGGAUAACGUGGAGCUGAUUCUGAAAGAUAUCGGCAGCCGCCUCGGGAACGAGAACCAAGAGCCCGAACAGCCAGAUUACGACAGCGUGGCAUCUGAUGAAGACGCAGAACGCGAGCCAGGCUCUGGGAAAGACGAGAGGACCAAGAGCUCGGAGUCCUCGGACCUAUCCGACGGCCCCAUCACCAUGCAGGAGUUCAUGGAGGUGAAGAACGCCUUGAACGCAUCCGAGGCCAAGAUCCAGCAGCUGCUCAAGGUCAACUGCCACCUGAGCGAAGAGCUGAGGCACAUGCAGAGCAAGCUGAAUUCCCUGCAGAACGAGAACAGCAAUCUGAAAUGGCAGGGUGCCAACAGCCUGGUGCACCCACAGGAGCCGCAGCGACGGGCCCCGCCCCGUGGAGGCAGAGCCAUGUCUAUGUACGAGACGGGCUCGGGUAUGAAGCACUACCAUGCCAAAGCAGACGGUGCACAUCCCGAGCCUGGCAGCCUCACCCUCCAGCCCCUACCUCCUGGUAUUGGGAAGGGUCCAUCCAUGGGCGCCUCCUCCCUCCCCACCUUCCCUUCCACCCUGUCCUGGGCGUGGGACGAGCGAGCCCAAAGGGGGUCCAGGGUGGAGGGAAAGAGCAGCACCUCCGAGAGCGACUACGAUAACACGCCCAACCAUGCCGAACUGGACGACUCCAGGCCGAACGUUCCUAGGACCGGUGGCCGGCUUGGAGAGGGAGCCAUCCCCGAAUCGGGUGACUUUGAGUGCGAGACGGACUCGGUGCUGCCCUCCACUGAGGACGUCAUCAGCAAGACAGAGCAGAUCACCAAGAACAUCCAGGAGCUGCUGCGUGCCGCACAGGAGAACAAACAAGAGAGCUUCAUCCCAUGCUCCGAAAGAAUUCAUCUGGCUGUGACUGAAAUGGCCACGCUGUUUCCCAAGAGGCCGAGUUCAGAGAUGGUACGCGGCUCCCUGCGGCUGCUAACCUCCAGCGCCAGCCGACUGCAGGGCGAGUGCCAGCGAGCAGCACCAGCCGAUUCUUGCCCCGCCGACGCCCAGCUGGUCACGCAGCAGCUCAUCCAGUGCGCCUACGACAUCGCCAAGGCUGCCAAGCAGCUCGUCACCGUCACCACCAAAGAGAGCAACUGAGCCACUCACCUUUUACCGUCCUUUUCAUUUCAGUGCUGACGACAUCGCCCGUCGUAACUGUUGGGGGUUUUUUCUUUUUCUUUUUUUUUUUUUUUUACAGCAUCAGUAUUAUAAAAAGUUAUAUUUUUUAUUUAAAGGAAUUGGGUUCAUAGUGUCUGUUAACCAAAUGUUAAGUUAUAAUCUUGGUAUGGUAACAUGUUCACGUCUACAGGCCAUUUAGUUUACACAUUUCACUGUAGUGUAGCUCAGUCCGUGCUGCCGUUCUCUGGUAACGUGUCAAAUGGUCAUGUGACAGUGCAGUCUCUUGUGCUGAUAAAACCCAGCCAUAAUGUGUGAAUAUUUAGUCCUUCCUGCAUAAAACACCACUUAAACCCUCAUCCUGUGACUUAGCAAAUGUACAGUAUCAGAAGUAUACGACGUCUUUACUUGUAAUGUUGAAGUCUUUAAGCUGUAAUACCUCAUACAUACAUAGCCGACUGCACCAAACCUCCUGUUACCAUGUUCCAGAGAUUCCAGGACACUGUUUUUGAUUCGACACAAACCACAUUUACUUCUGCUUUCUAAACGGCUUUGUUCGAGUACUUGGGGUUUUUUUUGUUUUGUUUUGUUUUUUUGUGCAAAAUGCUUCGCUCUCGUUUUCACUUGCAUUUAUUUGUAAUUGUGCUUUGUGCAAUUAUGAAUGGAAAUUCAUCCAAAGGAUGUGUUGCCUUGUGUCUCAAAAUCCAUCAGCAGUUGCGCUUGUGAUUUCUUUAUGUGGUGCUAAUAAUGUGUCCUCGUAUUCUUCAGUAUAUUGUAUAAUAUCUAAAUGCUGCUAUGCUGUCUUCUACAUAUGCAACUAAUAAGGUGGUGUUGGCUCAGUCCCAUCUGCGUACAGGGAUAACAAAAACCGUGACGGUUUAGCUUCUGUGAAAACCUUGCCAUUGAAUAUAAUAAACCAGAAUUUAUAACAUGCUAA